UCCUGCUCUCACUAGAUCACAGAAUCAGAUUUUCGCCUCCAAAGUGCAGAGAUCAAAAGGCAAACGCAAAGAAAGAUCGAAAAGAAAAAAUGGAGGGCGAAAUAAACAACUUCAUAAAGGUCCCCUUUGUUCUGACGACUCCAUUCCUCUGGGACGCUUUGUGGCUGUGGGCUGCUUUCCCAUCCAACAAAACAUACCUUCAAAACCAUUAAGGGAGAAACCCACAAACAGUAACCCAAACAAAACAAAUCCUUCACCAGCAUUAAUGUCACAUCUAAAUGGCCACAACAAAGAACAGCCCAUUUCCAAUAAGUCAAGAGCUGGCCAUAGAUUCCCUGUAGGGUAUGCAGUAAUGGGCUUGCUUUUGGCCCUUCUGAUACGUGUCUAUGACUAUAGUGAGCAUAUCCAUCCAAAGGUCAUAUUGCUUCUAUAUUGCUUGCACAUAUACCUUUUCCUUGAAGUCAUCCUAGCCAUGAUUGCAGCCCUGGCUCGAGCACUACUAGGAGUGGAGCUAGAGCCACAGUUCAAUCGGCCAUACCUCACCUCCUCACUGCAAGACUUCUGGGGCAGGAGGUGGAACCUCAUGGUCACCAACAUCCUACGCAUCACUGUAUACGAUCCCAUCCGCCAUGCCGCCACCCGUGUCAUUGGGCACAAGAACUUGACCCAUAGUCUGGCCGUAUUCGCCACAUUCGUGGUGUCAGGGCUCAUGCACGAGCUCGUGUUUUACUACCUAGGGCGCUUGAGGCCAACGUGGGAGAUCACCUUGUUCUUCAUCCUCCAUGGUUGUUGUUUGACAGUCGAGAUUCUCUUGAAGACAUGUUUCUCAGGCAGGUGGCGGAUGCCUCGGCUGAUCUCGGGGCCCCUGACAAUUGGAUUCGUGAUAGUCACCAGCUUUUGGCUGUUCUUUCCACAGUUCCUCCGGUUUAAGGCUGAUGAGAGGGCAUUUCGAGAAUAUGCUGCAUUGGGCGAAUUCGUGAACAACGUCACUAGCAGAAUCCGAUCGACCUCCAAGUUUCCAAAAAUGAAUUCAAGGUGAAAGUAGUCUCUGUGUAAUAUCACGCUUCGCUUUACAUUUAGCAGGAAGGGUAAUGAUAUCCUUCCGGUU